UUGUUGUUUCUUAGUUUAGUACAAUGGAUUAAACUUUAACCGAGUCUGAGCGGAGAUACUGUGCGGUGGAUUUUUAAUUUUAAACAUUAAUCAAUAAAUCUAUUUCAACAACAUAAAUCGUUAUUUAAUCAUUUUAUAUGAAAACUGAUAGUUUUGAAAAUGAAAAUAGUUUUGCGUCAAUGACUUUGACAUCAUUGACAUUGCAGACUUUUGUCUAUGUUCUAACCGGCCAGACCCAAGUGCAAGGCUUUAUGGAGGGUAUAUGUGCCUCUGACCUCCAUAGAUUUUAUGAACAUAGACAAAGACAAACUGAAAUAGGUAAUAAUUUAUAUAAAAUAAUAAUAAUUUACAUAUGGUAGUGUGACAUAAAUCAAAAUAUUUGAUAAAAAUGAUUUUAUUUGUUCCCAAAGUUGAAUAGACAAAGUCAGAUAGGAGCAAUGUUGCUGUAGCAAAAUAUUUUUAUAUUAAUAACUGGUAUCUAUUUCCAGAGCGUCAGACCACACAUGCGCAAUUAUGAAGCGUCAUAUCUUUCUAAGGAAGUCGACAGGCCUUGGCCAAGUGUUUCGUUGUGUAAGUUUUAUUUUAUGUCCGUGUGUCACGUGUCCUGACUUUCUAACAAUAACAAUUCGUACGUUAGAAUGAGACGCAGACGGCAAUUACAUGUUAAAAUUCUUUUAUAAAAUGUGAUCCAGAGGGCCUACCGCGAAUUUCAGUCGCAAAUAGGGGGCAUCUUUCUCUGUCAUUCUAAUAACACUUUAAUUGGAGUAAACGAGAAAGUUGUCCACAUUACGAACUUGGAUAUUCGUUCAGUACUUGAUUAUAUCUGACCAAUUUAUUGAACGAAUAACAGCUGUCACAUUGACACUUACAUCAGUAGGAUUGGCCGUGUUUUUUAUAAUGAUUUUAUUGGAUUUGUCAGUCCUAAAAAGUUAAUACUGGGACGAUAUGGAGGUUUUCAAUAAGUUCUAUUCAUCGGUCAGUAACACAGUGUCUCAGUUAUCCGGUGUGCUCCCCGGGAACCCUGUAACACGAGAGUUUGAGGCUACGCAGUUCAUCGCCAGCGCUGGGCCUGGUUUACUAUGGAAAAUAUACAAAGGUUACAAGAAAUCCACAAAACAGGAGGCCUCCAUAUUUGUGUUUGAAAAGAAGUUACUUGACAGGUUUACAAAGGCUGAUCGGGACAUAAUGCUAGAAACCUUGAAGCGUGGUAUCGUCCAACUUACUAAACUGCGGCACCCCCAGAUCCUGACAGUCCAGCACAGCCUUGAGGAGAGUAGGGAGAGCUUGGCCUUUGCUACGGAACCUGUCUUUGCAAGUUUAGCUAACAUACUUGGUAACAUGGAGAACAUGCCUCAGCCACCGCCGAACCAUUUAAACAACUACAAACUUUAUGAACUAGAAAUCAAGUAUGGUCUAAUGCAAGUUGCAGAAGGAUUAGCUUUUCUACAUAAUGAUGUAAAGUUAUUGCAUCAUAAUAUCUGUCCUGAAUCUAUAAUAGUUAAUCAGCAAGGAGCGUGGAAGAUAUUUGGAUUUGACUUCUGUAUUGCAAAUCAAAGUUCUGCAGGGGCUGCUCCCUACUGGCCAUUUAAUGAGUACUGCCAAGCCAUGCAUGCAUUAACACAGCCAUCCCUAGACUACCUCGCUCCAGAGUAUAUUCUCUCAGCCUCACAUUCCCCUGCUAGUGACAUCUAUUCUCUAGGCAUGGUGAUCUACGCCACACACAGUCCAAAUCACCAGACUCUUGGCAACAUUGGGAGUGACUAUGGGAAGUUUAAGAGGUUUGCCAAUGAGUUGAGGAACCUAUCUCCAUCCCGGUUGUCCUGUGUGGCCGAUGGGCUCAGAGAGUAUGUCAAGCUCAUGCUUAAUGUCACUCCUGAGUUGAGGCCUGAUCCUCAUCAGUUCUUGAAGAUACCAUAUUUUGAAGAUGUAGGAGUAAAAACCUUGAACUAUCUGGACUCCUUAUUCCAAUGGGACAACCUGCAGAAGUCCCAAUUCUACAAAGGCCUUCCUCAAAUCAUUCAGAAGAUGCCGCACCGUAUCUGUAUCUACCGGAUCCUCCCAUGCCUCACUAAAGAGUUUGUAAAUGCUCCGAUGGUGCCAUUUGUGCUACCGAACGUCUUGCUAAUCGCUGAGAAUUCCACUAAAGAGGAAUUCAUAAAAUAUAUCCUACCUGUUUUAAAACCAGUCAUGUUGAUACAAGAUCCGAUACAGAUACUGCUAAUAUUCAUGCAGAAGAUGGAGUUAUUACUAAAACUGACGCCUGGUGAGGAGGUGAAGACUGAUAUAUUGCCUAUGUUGUACAGAGCGUUGGAAUCUGACGCUCAGCAAAUACAAGAGUUAUGUUUGUCAGUGCUACCAACAUUUGCAUCACUAAUUGAUUACCCAGCAAUGAAGAACGCGCUCCUCCCCCGCAUCAAGAAGCUCUGCCUCGGCACCAGUUAUCUCGCAGUGAGGGUCAACUGUUUGCUCUGCAUCGGGAAGCUGUUGGAGCACCUGGACAAGUGGCUGGUGCUGGACGAGAUCAUUCCCUUCCUGCCGCAGAUACCCUCGAGGGAGCCAGCUGUGUUGAUGGGGAUUUUAGGUAUAUACAAGCUAGCACUCAGCCACCAGAAGCUCGGUAUCACCAAAGAAGUAAUGGCGACCAAGGUGCUGCCGUUCCUGAUGCCGCUCUGCGUCGAGAACGGACUGACCUUGAGCCAGUUCAACGCGCUCAUGUCGCUGGUGAAGCAGAUGAUCGGGAAAGUGGAGGCGGAGCAUCGGGCGAAGCUGGAGCAACUCAACUCAAUACAGAAUGAGUCCAAAGGGAUGGAGGCGCUAGUGAACUCUAGCAGUGCAGCGGACGGCCUCCAGGCGGGCGCGGCGCCGACAGACGUGGAGCAGCUGUUCGCGGGGCUCGGGCUGCCCGCGGGGCCCGGGCUGCCCGCGGGGCUCGGGCUGCCCGCGGGGCCCCCCGCGCCCCCCGCGGCCGCCGGCCCCGCCGCCCUCGCCGCCGCGGGAGCCUCGCUGACACUCGAAGAUAAACAGAGAAUCGCGCAGCAACAAAAGGUGGCCCAGAAAAUGAACCACCAACCCCUCCCCACCCCCAUCCCUAUUUCCAAACCACCCCCCUCACGCCCCGUAGACCUAACUUCCUCCCUUUUACAGUCAAAUCUCAACCAACUCUCACACAAACCCCCUCAAAAUACCCCAAACUAUAACCCCAUACUGCAAUCUUCAGGAACGACUCCACAAUACCAACAGUUUAACCAAAUUCAGUCUCCAAGCUCGCAAUUUAACCAACAGUCAAGCUUCAAUCCUAGAUUGCAGUCCCCACAGUAUAAUAUACAGCCAAAUUACCAGUUACAAAAUCAAAAUCAGCCAUUUAGUGGGCAAAAUUGGCCGCCUAGUGCCCCUAGUGGGAACUUUGACAACAAGUGGGCGAAUAAUCAGAAUAACCAGACGAAAAUGAAACAAGAUUGGUCGGCGUUUGAGUCGCUUCUGCCCACAGCUAGUGAGAAUGGAAAUGUAAAGAAAAGUGAUAAUGAAAUGAUGGACUUGUUAAGUUAGGUUUUGAAUUUGGGUAAAUUUCAUUCCGCCGGCAGAAGGUCCACUGAUGAGUUAAGUGAUGCUGUUAGUACUAUCAGGGUUCUUAGGAAACUUUACAAGCUUACAAGUUGAAAAAAAAUCGUAAGUGUCAUAGCAGUCACAAGUUGCAAACAAUAGUAUUUUAUACAAUUGUGAUAUAAUAAAGUUUUUCAAUCUCUUACCUUACUUAGGCAACUCGGCAAGCUUCGUUGCUAAGCACGGUACUCGACUGAAAAGCUCUCUAAUACAUCAAUAUUGUAUACAAUACUCUAGUCAUCUAAAAUAAUACUUUUUUUAUAUUAAUUAAUUAAAUUAAUGGUAAUUAUUUCAGUAGACAAAAAUGUAGACAUAAACGCGUGACUCCUGCCCCGCGCCCGUUUAGUCUUUGCUAUGAGAGCGCGGUGGCACGUGAUUGGUAAUUUUUUUUUAUAGUUGACUACAGCAUAUCGAAAUGAAUCUUAUAGUUGAGUGGGAGGACGUACAUGAAAAAUAACUAAUUAAAGUUUGGUAUAUGAAAUUUUAAUUCAACCAUUACUGACAGUCGACGAGAAGAAAAAGUAUAUUUCCGUUGCCUGGAAUGAUUAGACGCUCUGACUAAAAUAUAAUCUUAUACCUAUCUCUUUUUUUAGAGCUGUUAGACAACGUCAGAUAUUUUAUGCCAAAGUAUUCUGAUACAAUAUUAUUGUAGGUGUAUUACUAACGUAUCAACACACAUGUAAAUUGUGAAGUUUCGUAAGAACGCCAAGAGUUUUUUUAUAAUGCUAGAUUAUAACGCCUAUAUAAUUAUCAUUCCACGGCUGUUUUGUACGUUAGUGUUAAAAUAGGGUUCUUUAUAGCACGAGCUUUACAUCUCACACCUUGCUUGCAUGUACAGUUUGUAUUGAAAACUUAUCGAUUGCACUCCUAAUGUAGGGGCGCCGUACAUACUAACUGCUGUAAGUUAAAUUUGGCUCGACAUAAACAAACACGUUUUUAAGCAAAAGAUAACUUAUUGUUCACUACUGUAUCAUAAGUUAAUUACUGCUAUAAUAAGCUUGCAAUUAAAAAUUGUCCUUGUAGGCAAUCCAAUAUUAUGGUACCUUUUGCUUAAAAACGUCACAAAAUAGUGUGUAGUGCCCACUGCUGGGCGUUGGACUCAACUUUAUGUGUAUAUCGAGCUUGUUUCAUAUGUUACACCAAAUUAUAGUUUGGGGAAAGACUAUCAUAAAUUGUUAUUAUAGAUAAUUAUUAAUGUUUAUCAUAAUCGCCAACUAUUUAUUAAAAUUGCAGGUAUUGGUAUUGGUACCUGCUUGUUAAAAAAAUCUUAUGAUUUGUGAAAUGUGCUAGUUCUGUGAAUAUUAAAGGCUAUUCAUUUAAUUAAAAGUAUGAUUUCGUAAUGUGACAGAAAUAUUAUGCACAGUCAGCUACAGAGAAAGUGACCCCCCCCCCCCCCCUGCUUAGAAGUUUGUAUGCAAAGGUGCUAAGCGAAUAGUAUUGCUGACUGUACCUACGUUUGUACGUAAUGCAUUUCAACUACACUUUAUAGUUAAAGAUUUUUUUUGUUGUAAUAGUUAACUCAUUUAUGUAACUGUCUCGAUUUUUAUAUCUGAAAGAAAACUGAUAUAAGUAUAUACACGUCAAUAUUCAAUAAUAAUGAUAUUUUACUGUCACAUUUAUUAACGUUUGUAUAUAACAAACCAUUUUCGACCUUAAGCAAUAGCGGACAAGGUUGUUUUUUUUAUUUGGAGCACACGGUAUAUUUCUACAAUGUAUUUUAUUAUAAAAAAUAAGCGUUGUAAUGCUUAAUAUAGAUUAAUUCCUAUUUUAAAUUACAGGAAAAAAUACAAAUGUAUGUCAAAUGAAUUCAGUAGACACGUAAAAUAUAAAAUAUUUUAUUUAUCAACAUCUGUUAUGUUAUAACCACGAUUUGAUCUCUUAUGAACUAAUAAAAGACGUGAAUACAAA